GGUGCAGCGGUAGCGGCUGUUUCGCAGAGAGUAGUGACAGAUAUCAAAAACGCGAGAAUUAUUCAGCAUUGCUCAGAUUCCGCGUAGGGAGGAUCCCAAACCACAUCCCGCACCCCCUACUUUUACAAAUAGACUGGCCUAGCUAGCGGUUGCACCCAGCAAAAUACGAGUAGGAAUCGGUCGUCUGCUAGCGCCCCAACAGGUUUACAUUUUACUGGAUUUUUCUCGGAUUGGAUUGUAUCGACACCGACAAGGAAUACCCUACAGGUGACUCGACCCCUCCCCCAGCAAGCUACAAUGGCGAGAUUCCGAUCUGAGCUCCACAUUCCGAUAAAGAAAGAUGAUUUGAACUUCCAGGACCGCCAGAUCAGUCUGUGGACGGACAUGGAAAGCAGGAUGGAGCAGCGGAGGAAGGAAUGGGAAAAUGAGUUCGAGAAGAUGCGGCAUGACUUCUUCACCCUUAAACCCUCAGAAAAGAGGUCUAGCAUCAUUCAAAUGGACAAUAACAAAACUAUGUUUGAAACAGACAGUGAGGGACGACAAAAGUUCAAGGUCAGAUUUGACGUCAGCGAGUUCAAGGCUGAGGAAAUACAGGUCAAAGUUCAGCAAUCAAAGAUCAUUGUGAACGCUCGCCACGAGGAGAAGACCUCCAACUCGACGGUGAGUCGCGAGUACAGCCGACAGGUGGACAUUCCCAGCCACGUCGACCCCGACAAGCUGCAGUGUCUCCUCAGCAAGGACGGCAUACUCAGUAUAGAGGGACCAGUGCAGAACUUGCUGCAAAGGGAGGUAAUGCUUCCUAUCCAGAGCGACACUACAUCAAAGCCACUAGGAGUCGCUACACCCGUGAAGAAUCCAAUCAUAACGGAAGCGGACGGGUCGAGGAGACUUCGGCUUCAGGUGGACGUUGGAGAGUUUAAUCCCGAGGACAUUGUCGUCAAAACUAUGGACAAGAAGCUGAUCGUCCACGCGGAGAGGCAAGAGAAGAUGACGAACCGAACGCUACAUAAGGAGUUUAAUAAAGAGUACGAUCUUCCGGACAGUGUCGACCCUACAACCAUCACGGCCUACAUAGCAGAGGACAAACAGCUGACAAUAGAAGCGCCCCUGAAGCCCCUUCAGACUCAGCGCAAGUCAUAUGCCGUGACCCAGAGCUCCAAUGUCAGGAAAGUAUCUGUUACCAAGGAUUCGGCCGUCACCAUCACAGACAGCCAAGACAGGCCAAUGGUCACCAUCAGCGUGCACAGGAGAUAGGCGUGUCACAUGACACGCACACUUUGAUGACGUUUACACAUUUACGGUUCUGCUGUUGAGCUAUGGAUAUAUCGUCUGUAGACCCCUGGUGGUGUAGAUGUUUCCAAGGUGAUGACGUCAUGGCGCUUUCAUCUCAUCACGUGAUGUCGUCACGCGAGUUGUCAUGGAAACAAUGUUGACAUGUUCACGACUGCUUCCGAUGCAUGUUCGAUAUCACCAGAGAAGCUUUCCGAUUCAACCCGAGGGUGGCCGAUUUAAACAAUAUUGGUCUUCGGUGUAUUUCGGAAAAUGGAACGUGCUAAUUCUGUGCAUACGGAGCGCAUAUAUUCGUCGAGUAGAGAGAAGGCAGGGGUAUAGGCGGUGUCCAGGACAGGAAUCGGCCGAUUUCAGUCAAUGUGCUUAUGUGAGAGUUAUGUCCCGUGUGUGCCCCUGAGUGGCCCCGUGCAAUAUGGUCACGUGACACCAGGCCAUGUGUACAAGUAUGACAUCCGCAAUUCUAAUGAAUUUCCCAUAAUUCCAAGUGUGGCUAAGGAGUACUGCUUCCGGUAACAGCAGCAGCAACAGCGGGUCGCGUGCUUGUGAUGCGACAACGUUUCAGGAUGUAGAUAGUUUGUCCACGCUAUCCUGUGACACGAAGACAAGAUGUAUGUCCAGCAGUGAUCUAUGGUAUAGCGGUUGGUAACACUCUAGCUUUAGAUAUCGCCGUUUACGUACUAGAUUGUAUAUAGAGAUAGGCUAUUUAUUCCACUUGUUUAAGCAUAUUUUGUUGAAUUUUAGAACUGUGAUAGUUUCUAGUCUAUGUAUAUUUGAAGCACAGAGGUAUAAUGUUUUCAAUGGUGCUUGCAAUAUCGCCAAUCUAUAUAAUAUAAACUGUAUGCUUUAUGUUAUCAGGGGAUAUCUGUUCUUUAACUGAAGUGUCUGUCUGUCCGUCCGUGCGUCUGUGACAACUCCUGCUAAGGUGUAUAAGGGGAGCGUUUAGAACGUUCGUUGCAGGACAGACCCCAGUCUCCACGUCUGGUCAUCCAUCAGUUCUGAGUUGUUUAUUCUGUAAUGUGCCUGAAUCUAGAAACGGUCCUCGUCGCUUUUUGUCCCAACGUAAAUUAUCUGUAAAAAAGAAAAGAAAUCCAAACUGUACACGAGUAUCGGCAUGUGUCGACUGAUAUCCAGGACGAAUAUAUGAUUGACCUCAAACAGUGAACAAACUUAAUGUGCAGUUUUUUCAUCUUAGGCUGGUGGUAGUAUUAAGGUAUAGGUACUAGAUCGUUGUUUAGGCGGGUACGAAACCUCGAAGACUAGAUAACCAAUGACUCCCCAGAUAUGCCAGGAAUCUCGCCCUCAUCGCUGAAUGAAAGAUGGAUACAACCCAGGGCCAAAAUAGAAAUUCAUCUGUUUCAAGUUUAUUUAGCUUUUUAAGCAUGAAAUCUUUCCCUCUGGCAACAACGCUUGAACCGCGGAGAUGAUCUAUUUCUGUUAAACUUAUCAGUUAUGUGCGGAGGUUGGCAUGUUUGGGGAUCAGUACUAUCUCUACUGGGAUGGAGGAGGGGGGGAAGGAUGAGGGGGAUUACGCCAUAACAUCUGCCGGGGGAUAUCUCGUGAAUGAAUCAUUCACAAUAUGCAGAAAUAUCUUUCACCUUCAGUGCAGGACUCCAUAUAGACACCGGCGUAUAUUUGAGCAGGGGGAAUCCAGUCUAAGAAACGCCGUGGCUCCACCCUCCCUUGUUGUUGCCACUAUCAGAAUUAAAUUGUCAUCAACACACACACACAUACACACACACACACACACACACACACA